AUGCAAUUCAUUUUAAUUAUAAUCUAUUCUAUUAAUAUUUAUGGACAAGAAGAACAAUGUAAUAGAAAUCAAACAUUAAUAUUAUUACAUGAACAAAAUAUCCGUGAUUCAUUGUACUAUGAAAACGAAAGAAAUGAAUCUAAUAUUCCCGAUGCUUUCGAAACUUCAGGUGUUGUACUUCGACCGGAUAAUCUUAUUAUGUAUAUCAUAUUUGAUAAUACAUUUCAAAUUGGUGUCUUUUGUACUUGGUUGGCUAUUCGAACUAUAAAUUGUACUAAUAAACUGCUCGAUUGGCCUGAUAAUACAUUUAAUAAACUCAAUUCAGAAUUCGAAGGUAUAGCUUACAAUUCAUUAACUGACACGUAUUUUAUUGUACAAGAAACAAUUUCAUCUAAUGUUAGUUCAAAUGAAUACAAUUCAAAUAUUUUUGAAGUUCAAAUAACAACAAAUGUUACGUUUUCGUCUAUAAAUCUUAUUCAAUCAUGUCGAAUAAAUUGGACAUUUGAGUCGACUUCUAAAGGAUUUGAAGGUCUCGAAUUUAUGAUGCAUCACAAGAGAAAUAAAAAUUAUUUGCUUGCAUUAUGUGAAGGGAAUAAAUGUAAGCCUCAAUCCAAUUCUGAAGACCCAGUUACUAGCCUUGGAAAUGGAAAACUUGUUGUGUUAGACAAACAUGAAACGACUCAUAAUAGUUGGUGA